UAAUAGGCAAAAUAACAUAAAUACUAUAAAACCCUUAACUUUUGGUGAGAAGAUUUUUUUGAUGACCAAAGUACUCUAUGAAAAGCAAAGAAGAGAAAGCCAAGCACUUGAAUUAGAUCCAGAUAACUUUCAAGCGAUGCUAGAGGAUUCUGAGCCAUUACUAAUAGGGUUUUUUAGCAAAUUGUAUAAUGCAAUUAUUCCAGAUCGUUGA